GGCCGCCAACCGCCUGUCAUUGCGACCUCAGUGACGAGCAAAAUGUGCGACAGCGCCGUGCGGCGGAGGGAGAGCAGACAGCGGCUGGCAGCGGAGACACAGAGAGCAGAACCAGGCCGAGGAUCAGACUAGAGUAGCCCAGAGCGUAGGACAGGCCCCGGGGGCCCAGCUGGGGGUUCAUGAUCUGCUAACCGGAGAUCCCAUCACUGACACCCGCCUAGCGGCUCCACUGAGGGGGACAUGGCCUCCAACACUGACAGAGAGAUGAUCCUAGCUGACUUCCAGGCAUGCACUGGCAUCGAGAAUAUUGAUGAAGCUAUCACACUGCUGGAACAGAACAACUGGGAUUUAUUAGCGGCGAUAAAUGGAGUAAUACCACAAGAAAAUGGCAUUUUACAGAGCGAAUUCAGCACAGAUUCGAUACAGGGUCCUGUGUUUGGUCCCGCAGUCCAACCCAACACCUCUACAUCCAUUGCUUCUCCCUCAUCGUUGUCUACAUCAGCGUUCCGCCCGGUAAUCCCCAGUCGGCCGGUGGUGGAACGCCUCUCGCGAAUGCUGGACUUCAAAGUGGAGUACAGAGACAGAACUGCAGAUGUUGUUCUAGAAGACAGCUGUUCUGUUGGUGACAUAAAGCAGAUCCUCGAAAAUGAGCUUCAGGUUCCUGCAUCCAAAAUGCUGUUAAAAGGCUGGAAGUCUGGAGAUGUGGAGGACACUACUGUCCUAAGGACUCUUCACUUGCCAAAAAACAAUAACCUUUAUGUCCUCACUCCCGAGUUACCUCUGCCAUCUUUGCCCAGCCAAUCCAGCCAAUCCAGCUCUCAGCCAGAGGAUUCAUUAAAACAGAACUUCAUGCUGAUCAUCACCCACCGCGAAGUCCAGAGGGAGUACAACCUGCAGUUUUCAGGGAGCUGCACAAUACAAGAGGUAAAAAGAAACGUUUAUGACCUCACAAGUAUUCCUGUUCGCCACCAGGUGUGGGAAGGUUGGCCGCCAUCAGCUCAGAAUGAUUCUAUGACGCUGGCGUCUGCAGGGCUCAACUUUCCAUGUCACCGGCUUUCAGUGGCUAGACGAACGUCCCCCGUUCAGACCAGAGAGCAGUCUGAAGAGCAAUCUACAGAUAUUCACAUGAUCAGUGAUAGUGAUGGAGAUGACUUUGAAGAUGCUACAGAAUUUGGGGUGGACGAUGGAGAGCUCUUUGGAAUGGCCUCCGCCUCUGCACUACGAAAGUCCCCAAUGAUGCCGGAAAAUGCUGAAAAUGAAUCUGAUGCUUUGCUGCAGUUCACGGCAGAAUUCUCCUCCAGGUAUGGAGAGUGCCAUCCCGUGUUUUUCAUUGGAUCACUAGAAGCUUCAUUCCAGGAGGCGUUUUAUGGGAAAGCACGAGAUCGAAAACUUCUUGCCAUCUACCUCCACCACGACGAGAGUGUCCUCGCCAAUGUCUUCUGCUCCCAGAUGCUUUGUGCGGAAUCCAUUGUCUCAUAUUUGAGUCAGAACUUCAUCACGUGGGCCUGGGACAUGACCAGAGAGGCUAACAGAGCUCGGUUUCUUACGCUAUGUACCCGACAUUUUGGCAGUGUAGUAGCACAGACUAUUCGAACACAGAAGACGGAUCAGUUUCCUCUUUUUCUUAUUAUAAUGGGGAAGAGAUCUUCUAAUGAAGUGCUUAAUGUCAUUCAAGGGAACACAUCUGUGGACGAGCUUAUGAUGAGACUUAUCUCAGCAAUGGAAAUCUUCUCAGCCCAGCAACAGGAAGAUAUCAAGGAUGAGGAUGAACGAGAGGCCAGAGAAAAUGUGAAAAGAGAACAGGAUGAGGCCUACCGCGUUUCUCUAGAAGCUGACCGAGCAAAGAGAGAGGCCCAGGAGAAAGAGAUGGCCGAGCAGUGCCGAUUGGAACAGAUUAAAAAAGAGCAAGAUGAGGAAAGAGAGGCAAUCAGACUUUCUUUAGAACAGUCCCUUCCGCCAGAGCCAGAAGAGGAGCAUAGUGAACCACAAAGCAAACUACGCAUCAGAACACCAAGUGGGGAGUUUAUCGAGAGGCGUUUUCUCAGCUCCGGCCCCUUACAGGUGCUUUUCAACUUUGUAGCAUCCAAAGGAUUCCCCUGCUCUGAGUACAAAAUUCUCAGCACCUUUCCUCGAAGAGAUAUCACGCAGUUGGAUCCCAGCAGAUCUCUCAUGGAACUUAAGCUGUACCCUCAGGAAACACUUUUCCUGGAAGCCAAGGAAUAAGUGUCCAUAGAGCGGACUGUGCCAGCAGCAGAAAAGUUUCUGCAUUACGGGAUAAGGAACGUUGCUCUCUGUCACCUCCCUGCUCCUGGAGUGCACCCGCACCACCCGGAAGAGAGAGCUUUAGAGAUGCCAUGUUGGAAAGAUUCCACCUAAGCAAGGGAUCACCCCAAUACAAAAGUCAAAGAAUACACGUCGCCCGUCAUCCAGCUUCUGAUCGAAUGAAUGCACUGUUCUUACACCAAAGGUGGUUCCAUUAAAGAGUAUCUGGCACUUCUGAAA